AUGUCCACGCAAUCAACAUCCAUUCUCAGGCUUUCUAUCAUGUCACAGCGAUUGAGGACUGGACUUGUGCUAAUAUUACGAAUUAUUAUCAAGAAAAAACGGGGAAAAAGAAAGGAAGAAACACAAGAAAUUCUUGAUAAUUGGAAGCUGGGACUCUUUGUCGCCAGUGAUGAACUCUUUGUUCGACACUUAGUGCAAGCUGGGACUCCUUUGCAAGCUGGACUCUUUGUCUACAGUGAUGAACUUUUAGUUCGACAUUUCGCGCAAGCUAAUUGGUCUUCACCAAAGAGUUCAGAUUCAGAUCUAGAUUCACAUAAUACAUGUGUGAAAAUUGGACAUUUACAGAUAGAACGGCUUGCAACUGAUUCUGCGACACAAGUCAACAAUAAUGAUUGUAAAGAUAUAAAGUUUGCAUACAAUAUUACGAAGGGAACUGAAGACGGUGUGAUAAAUAUUAAUACGGAGAAAAAGGAAGUACCAAUUGUAUAUAUCCAACCAAAAAAUUUAAAAAGAAAGUGGGAUGCCGAUAAAGAAAAUUUGUUGAAAGAUUUGGAGCUUAGUAAUGAUAUAAAUAUUGGAGAAAAUGAAAUUUCAGAUUUUUAUCCGCUAAGUGAUGAAGAAUCAGAUAUCAAUGAGGUAGAAUCUGGUAGUGAGUCUUCCAUACAAAAAUAUCCGAAUGUAGAUAGUCCGAAAGAUGAUUGGCUCUUACCUUUAGGAAAAUCAGUAAGAAGCAUAAUCUAUGGACAAAAGAAUCUUCACAAAUCGCAUCCGUCGCAUUUUGGAAUAAUACGUAUUGGUGCCAAAGUUCGUAAGCCCGAAUGGAUAGAGGAUAAAGAUUGGAACUAUUUGACUUCAAGUGUCGAAUUCCCACACUUUAAAUUGUCGUCUAACACAGAAGAAUUACUAACUUUACUUUUAGAUACUGGCUCUUUAACCGAAUAUAAGAAAGUCAUUCGUGAAGCAAAAUAUAAAAAUGACAUUGAUGCAGAAAAGGAAUUUGUUACAGAUGUUCUUUGGUGGUUCGCCAAUAAUGUAUUUAAUACCGCAUUUGCUUUACAUGUAUACACAAAAACGAGGCACUUUUAUGAACAUAAUGAUUCACCCAAUAUUACAGUACCUGUGAAUACAACCGACCGUAUUACAUAUAUUGCUGGUGAAGUUUAUCUAAAAGCAAAUGCCAAUCAAAGAUUAUUGAGGCGUAAUUUAAAAUCCGAAGACGACAAACCUUUAGGUAUGAAGGUGGACGGUAUAUUUCAUACCCCAGGAAAUAAAGGACUUGAAAUUGGAAUGGUUGAGUUAUCAGGUGGUUAUUUGACUUCGGACAUGCCUCGAUAUGUAAAAAACCAUGUUAAAGGUUGUUGGGGGUGUCGUGAUAGUCUAAAUGAUAUUGUGAAAAAAUACAAUCGCGGAGAUUAUAAAAUUUUGAGAAAGUUACGUACAUGGUUCUUUCACAUACAUGAAUGUUUUUUAAUUGGUACAUUUUAUUUGCCAAUUAAUUGGGAUGAACAUUAUGAAUUGGUGCAUGCAUUAAGAAUUUUAUGGAAUUUGAGGGUAAGUAAAAUUUGA